AUUGACAGCGGCGCCGCCCAAUGGGAAGGCGAGGCGGGGGCGGCGCGGCCAAUGGGAGCGGCGCGGGGGCGAAGGGGGCGGGGCCGGGCGCAGCCAUGCUCCGCCGCUCGCUGUGGCUCUGCCUCUGCCUCUGCUCCUGCCCGGCCCGCGGCCUGCGCAUCCACGAGUACCUGUACUUCCAAGUGCUGAGCCCUGGAGACAUCCGCUACAUCUUCACGGCCACGCCGGCCAAGGAUUUCGGCGGGGUGUUUAACACAAGGUACGACCAGAUCCACCUGGUCCCAGCGGAUCCCCCCGAAGCCUGCGGAGAGCUGAACAAUGGAGUCUUCAUCCAGGACCAGAUCGCUUUGGUGGAGCGGGGGGGCUGCUCGUUCCUCUCGAAGACGCGCGUGAUCCAGGAGCACGGAGGGCGGGCGGUGAUCAUCGCGGACAACGCCUACGAUAACGACAGCUUCUACAUCGAGAUGAUCCAGGACAGCACCAGGAGGACGGCCGACAUCCCCGCGCUUUUCCUCCUGGGCAGGGACGGGUACAUGAUCAGGCGCUCGCUGGAGCAGCACGGGCUCCCCUGGGCCGUCAUCUCCAUCCCCGUCAACGUCACCAGCAUCCCGACCUACGAGAUGAUGCAGCCCCCCUGGACCUUCUGGUAGCAGCGGGAGGCCGCAGCGGAUCAAGGACUUGUUUUUUUUUGGGGGGGAAUCCCUGGAUUUCACCCCCUCCGUGGACCUGUUCUCCAAAAUCCCAGCCCCACGGGGAAGAUCUUCGUGCUGGUGUGGAGCUGGGCCCAAGGUGGGGCCUCGAGCAACCGAACAACCUUUGUAGGGACUUUUUGGGAGGGAGGGGACGGCCCGGCGCCUCCCCAGGAAGGUUUUAAGGCUGCCAACGGGAGUUUGUGGUGCUGAUUCGGGGGGAUGCAGCAUUACAGCCUGAAGGGGAGGGGAGGGAGGUGGAUACGGGCUCGCCCGGCCCCUGUGUAUUUUUGUCUGAGCUAAUGAAGUCUGGACAAGUUUUAGAGAAA